UGGAGAAUUAGUUACUUGUAGCCACUGGAGAACGAUGAAGGGACUAUUGAUUAUCGCUAUUGCAAUCUGCAGCAUUUAUUUGACUUCUGCCAAUCCUUGGCCCAAGGAUUUUACGGAAGAGGAAAAUGAUGACGUUUUUGACCUGACGGAAGAUGCAGAACUGAUGCAGUUGGGAAUGCAAUUAUUUGAUGACAAAAAUAAUGAAAUGCCGAUUUUCGAUGAACGUUUUGAUGAUAUGCCCAGCCACUGCAAAACAAACUCUUCCUCGCCUUCUCCGGUGCCAAAAAAUUGUGCCGAAGCAACAGCCUGUACCCGUCGUAGCGGUUAUUAUUACAUCAAAUUAAAUGCCAUUGGCAAUAAUUCCUUCUUGGUGGAAUGUGAUGCGCACAACGAUGGUGGCGAUUGGUUGGUGUUCCAACGACGUUUAGAUGGCUCACAGAGUUUCUUUCGCACAUGGUCUCAAUAUCGCGAAGGAUUUGGUGAAAUUGAAGGCGAAUACUUUCUAGGCAUGGACAAAUUGCAUGCCUUGACAAAUUUCGAUGGUCGCCAAGAAAUGAUGAUUCUAUUCGAAAGAAAUGAUGCCACCACAAGUUAUGCCAAAUACAGUUCUUUUGCCGUGGGUAAUAACACCGAAAGUUUCGAACUGAAAAGAGUUGGCAGAUAUACCGGAACGGCAGGUGACUCAUUACAGGCCCAUGUGGGCGGUAAAUUUUCCACUAUGGAUAAAGAUAAUGGCAACACAAAUCCCAAUAUGGCUAUAACCUACUCCAGUGCCUGGUGGUAUAAGAAUAAUCGCGUGAGCGAUUUAAAUGGACUUUUUGGCAAAACCGACACUACCGGCCUUUUUUGGACUGGCUUCCAUUUGGGUGGAAAAUACAUAAAGACUGUUAAGAUGAUGAUUCGUCGUUAUAGAGUCUAAGUUGGUAUAAGUAGCUUAAGAGAUGGAUGUAUGAGUAACUACAUGAAUAAAUUGAGACUAUAAAAGAAA